GCGUCAUCAGACGGCGCCACCCGACUCCAGAGACCCUGGGUUUCAAGUGGGAAGUGAGGUGUGGGAAGUUUGUCGCUUUCUGAUGAAUUCAUUGGCCGUGGAAUUUGGACCCGAGAGGAAUCUGGCUUGUACUUGCCCCUUAAGUCCCCUUCUGAGAAGGACUGACAGUUCGACAGAUUUGUCUGUCACGCGGCACAUUCUGAGCGCAGGAGAUUGAAUUAGUUCCCGAUAAUGGGAAGAACCUACAUUGUAGAAGAGACUGUUGGCCAGUAUCUUUCAAACAUAAAUCUUCAAGGAAAGGCUUUUGUCUCAGGUCUUUUAAUUGGACAGUGUUCUUCACAAAAGGAUUAUAUCAUUCUUGCCACUAGAACGCCACCCAAAGAGGAACAAAAUGAGAACCUCAGACAUCAACAAAAAGCUAAGUUGGAUAACUUGGAUGAAGAAUGGGCCACAGAACAUGCCAACCAGGUGUCCAGAAUGCUACCAGGGGGACUUUUAGUUCUUGGAGUAUUUAUCAUUACAACUUUAGAAAUGGGAAAUGAUUUUCAGAAUGCCCUGCGUAGACUAGUAUUUGCUAUGGAAAAAUCUAUGAAUAAAAGGAGAUUAUGGAAUUUCACAGAAGAGGAAAUCUCGGAACGAGUGACACUUCACAUUUGUUCUUCCACAAAAAAAAUAUUUUGUCGAACUUAUGAUAUCCAUGACCCAAAGAGUUCAGCAAAACCAGCAGAUUGGAAGUAUCAAAAUGGACUAUCAACUUCAUGGCUUUCAUUAGAGUGUAUAGUUCAUAUUAAUAUUCACAUCCCGCUGUCUACCACUUCUGUCAGCUAUACUCUGGAGAAAAAUACAAAGAAUGGACUUGCACGCUGGGCUAAGCAAAUAGAAAAUGGUGUUUAUUUGAUUAAUGGACAAGUUAAAGAUGAAGAUGGUGAUCUGUUAGAAGGACAGAAAAAAUCUAGAGGAAAUGUUCAAGCAACUAGUCAUUCUUUUGAUGUCAAAGUGCUCACACAGUUGCUUCUGAAUUCAGACCACAGAUCCACAGCCACAGUCCAGAUCUGCAGCGGCUCUGUAAACCUUAAGGGUGCUGUGAAAUGCAGAGCCUAUAUCCAUAGCAAUAAACCCAAGGUUAAAGAUGCUGUGCAGGCAAUGAAGAGAGAUAUAUUGAAUACAGUUGCAGAUCGUUGUGAAAUGCUAUUUGAAGAUCUUCUUUUGAAUGAAAUACCAGAAAAAAAAGAUUCUGAAAAAGAGUUUCAUAUCCUCCCUCACCGAGUUUUCGUCCCCAUUCCGGGAUCCACUGUAAUGUUAUGUGAUUAUAAAUUUGGUGAUGAGUCAGCUGAAGAAAUGAGAGACCAUUUUAUAGAGAUGUUAGAUCAUAUGAUUCAAAUAGAAGAUUUGGAAAUUGCAGAGGAAAUAAACACAGCUUGUAUGAGUUACUCUGUGAAUACCGAAGCUUCAUUGGACAACACAGAUGAUGAACAACCAAAACAACCAAUUAAAGCUACAGUAAUAUUGAAAAUUCAGCAAAACAUAGGUGUGAUUGCAGCAGUUGCAGUUGCAGUCCUUGCUGCGGGUAUCUCCUUUCAUUACUUCAGUGAUUAGGGUGAGACACAGCUUCCUGAUCUACCAGAGGACACUGAGCAACCAUUAUGAAUAAUAAAGAUUGCAAACAAUUCAUCUGCAUUUAAGACCAGAGCAGCUACCUCUGCUGCCAUAAUGCCUAUUAGGUUUCUGACUAAAAUGAAAUCAUCAGCUGCCUUGUUUAGCCCUGCUUAUAUUAUAGAUGGCUCAGGUUCCAAAAAUAAAGUCAUGCAUAUAGAUGGAAGUUGCAUGUAACAAAUCCUUAUUAUCUAUUUUUAAAAAGUUCAAAAUGAUGGUUUAUUUUCAUAGAUUUUAGUCCUGUUGAUCUGGAUCACAUAUUGAUCAGGAUAUUAAAAAUAUGAAUAGUCAGGGUUGACUGAAUAUCUUAGUCAUAGAAUAAAUGGAAUUUCUACAAAGUGGGGCAACAACCUGUUGGGUAAGUUCAUACUCUAGGACUUCUCUAAUGUAUACCAAAAGACUGAUCAAGUUCUGGUCAAAGGGUAGGAAACCUUUCAGAAAGGUUUGAAUUAUAAAGAAUUACCAUAAAUCAUGUGUUUUCUCAGAUUAAGAAUAUUAUACCUGUUUUAAUAUAUUUAAUGAGACUUUACUUCUAACAGUGCAUUAUACUAGGUACUGCAGAACAACAAAAUCCUAAAUAAAAUCUAUUUUUGAAUGCAUUAAUUAGGUCAAAGAAAGUAGGGAAAGUGUCUGAGAAUCAUACCUCUAUUUUUACUCACCCACAAAGAUGAGCACAUUUUGAGUUGGGAAUUCUGAAUACUGUUUUAAGCAUGCAAGUGGACAGUGGUUGCUCAGAUGGCAAAUACUAAUUGCAGUACAUUCAUAUGCUGGUUGCCUUGGACUAGAAACAAGGAGAUGAAUCUGAAUCUGAGAUGCUGUCCUAGCCAAGACAGUUGAAGUGGCUACUUAGUUUAUAGUAUCCUAUAACUCCUGGCAGAAGCAAGAUAUAGGCUCAAGAUUUCCAUGGCUUAAGAUAAAGCAAUAUUAUGACUAGACUAGAGAUAACCGGUGCAAAGUGAAACUAGCAUGAGAAAGAACCUAUAGAAAUAAUAAACUUUGAAUUCAGUUCUCUAAAGUCUCAUCACUGACAUCGAUGAAAGAUGGAAUGAGAGGCAAAUCUAAAAAACAACUGCUAAAAAAGAAAAAUAAGUUACUUGAAAUUAAAAAAAAAAAGAAUCCUCAGACAUGUUGAAUAUUAUAUUAGACUUAACUGAAGAGACAAUAAAUAAACUGGAAGUGAGAUCUAAAGGAAUUACCCCGUGCGCAGCAGGGAGAAACAAGGAGCUAGUAAAUACAGAUAUUUAAGAGAAAUUUAGAGAUAUGGAGAGAAUACUAGAAGUAUUCGGAGGGAAGAAUAGAGGAUGGAGCAGUGGCAAUAUUUGAAGAUAACUAUUUUCCAUAUUUGUUGGAAAAACAUAAAGUCAUAAUUUCAGGAAGCACCGUAUAUUUCAAGCAUACAUGGAUCAAAUCGAUGCCUAAACCCAAAGAAAUGGGACUGCAAGAUACCAGACACAAGAUUUUAAAAGCAUUCAAAGGAAGAAAAAGAUAAUGAAGGCAAGACAGUCACAUACUUAGUAGGCUUCUCAAUAGCAAUAAUGUACCCAAAAGAUGAAGGAAUAAUGCCUUCGAAUUUCUGAGGGAAAGCUAAUUAUCAACUUGGAAUUUGUGCCAAGCAAAACUGAAAUGUUCAGAUGAAAAACAGAUUUUUGCCAUCUACGGAACUUCAAUAAAGGAAGUGCAAAAAGGAUGAUCUUCGAAAAGGAAAAAUGUUUCUGCAAGCAUGAUCUGAAAUUGAACUGGUGAACAAAUACAACGAUAAACAUGUAAAUCAAAAGUGUUAUUAAUAUAAAAGUCAUAUUUAAAUGUUUAUAAGAAGUAAAAUUGUAUAUAACUGUAAAAUGAAAUAAACAUUUUAUGCAACACGAA